CAUGUAGCGAUGAAAUCGAAUUGAGACAGAUGUAAAUCGUCGAUAAAAAUCGAUUCAAAUAACUCGAGUAACGGAGAACGGACGAUAUAUAUAUAUAUAUAUAUAUACGCAAAGUGAACGAUUACGAUUCGCAAGAGACAGUAUUGCCGAUAAGUGUGCCAGAGAUAGUGUGUUGCGUGCCUAAGUACACAGAUGACUCCACCAAUUUCGGUGAUUUGAGGCGCGGCGUAGAACUGUGUGUAUGUUUUUGCAUUCGCAUGCAUCACCGUCCGAGGAUAUAUUCGUUCGAUCGAAAAAUGUGUCUUCCGCUAUAUUCGAGUGCGAUACAGCGCACUAUUCUCCCGUGCUUCUGUCAAUAGAGGAAUUGUAACAUUUUAAUCGUGCAUAACAAUUCACGGCAUCUCGAUACAUCAGAUGUAUUCGAUUAUAUUUUAUGGACCGUGAUCGACCCUAAACGGGCGCCGCAUCGUCAAUUCUCUGCCCCGCGGAUGGUCAUCGUGGUGGCGAACUCAUCCGAUUUCCAUCGAUUGUAUUUAUAGUGUACGCCGGUUUAUUUUCGCACGCGGGUUCCUUUGGGAAAAAGAUGUACCUAUCCGCUGGCUGACAGCAUUUUUCCUACAUCCUGUGGUGGUUUGUCUUCUUGUGCGGUAAGGGACGCGGAUCCUUCUAGUGCGAGUUGCUGGUAUCAAAGCGAAAAAAACGUGUAUUAAAACACAGAAUACAGAAUGGAAUCUGCUAUAGCUGGACGUAGGCGGACUGCCACGCGACAUUCAGCAGAGGAUCAAGCUCUCGAUCAGAUAGCCAAGGAGGCAGAAGCUAGAUUAGCUGCAAGAAGACAAGCAAGAGCAGAGGCAAGAGAGAUACGGAUGCGCGAAUUAGAAAGACAACAGAAGGAGGCAGAGGAGAAUGCGGACAGAGUUUACGAUAUGUGUACAGCCGAUGUUAAUAGAACAAUGAGAGUAACUCCCGAUUCUGUAAGGACAUCGCGUCUCCUUACUAACUCUAACAAUUUUCAAUCCAGUCGUAGAUCUUCUGAAGAUUCAUUAGAAGAUGCUGGAUUGAGCAGAGAUCUCAGGUUAGAGUUGAAGGAGUUCGAGGAGAAAUUUAGAAAAGCAAUGAUAGCUAAUGCUCAGUUAGACAAUGAAAAGUCUUCUUAUGCUUACCAAGUUGAUUUAUUGAAAGAUAAGUUGGAAGAAUUGGAAGAGACAGUUGCGCAACUUCGUAGAGAACUUCGUGAGAAGAAUCGGGAAUCCGAGCAAUUAAAAAGAAUCAAUCAGAGAUUGAAGGAUGAAUUAGAUAUAUGCCAUGCACAACUAGUAGAAAGAGAUACGCUUAUACAAGAAAAUGGUUUAGUUAUUAUUGGUGACGAGGAAAGCGAGAACGAAGAUAACGAUAUCGAAAAUGGUCCACGUCCGAGACGACGAGUACUAGUCAGUACAGAAGCAGCAGAAUUAUUGCAAAAUGCUGGAAAGGGAUCGUUAGAUGUCCGGCUGAGAAAAUUUGCUUCUGAAAAGAAAGAAUUGCAAGAUGAAAUACGACAUUUGAGAUUGGAACUAGAGGAGACCAGAAAUCGUAUUAGAUCCGAGAGAUCGCCCGGUUCAGUAUUAGGUUGUUUAUCAGACUCCGAGGACGUGCAACGAGAAGCAAAUAAACUUUUGGCCGACUAUAAGUUUAAGUUACAAAAAGCUGAGCAAGAUAUGUCUACGCUACAAGCGACAGUAGCUAGGCUAGAAAGUCAAGUAAUACGUUACAAGUCGGCGGCAGAGGCGUCCGAGAAAGCGGAAGACGAAUUGAAAGUUGAAAAAAGAAAACUACAAAGAGAAGUCAGAGAGACUCAAGGACGCGUGGAGGAGUUAGAGACAGCAAAUUCUCAUCUGCAAAGGCGACUGGAUAAAUUGAAAAACGCGAAAUCGGCUCUUCUGAAGGAGCUUUGACGGGACGACUUUUUUGGUUCAUCGAUCGUUGAUCCACCCGCGAGCUGCGUGGAGGUGGAAGCAGUGAUGGGCAUCGUGGGAAUUUUGGUCAUGCGCACUGGAAGAUUCCUUUCUGCGCGUGCGUAAGCCGACGUCACACGAAUCACGAAU